AUGAUGAGGCUACACCUGAUAUUGAAAGAUCCCAUUACUUUAGUCCUUCACGGUUUUAUUGUAUUGAGACAAUUACUGCACCUUGUGGUGUUGUUAUUGCUUGGGCUAAAUUUCCCAACAAUUAGCAAUGGAAGCUGGGACAGAAUUUGGAAACAUACAACUCGGUUCAUUGUUGAUAGUUACCACUAUAUUAAUCACCGUGUUGGUGAUUAUAUUUGUCGAAAAUGGUGUAAUCCUGCACCAUUGAAUGGAUCAGCUCCAAAUCUUGUUGUUGUUGAAAAAGACAAACAUGGUCGAUCAUACUACAAGCGAGCAUUCAACACACAGGCCUGUGAACAGUUAAAUGCCUGGCUAGGUGGAUUUGAGUCUAUCCUGAAGAGGAUGACACAAGGCAAUUUUGACUGGUUUUUGCAUUCUAUGUUGUUUUACCACAGCCAAUAUGUGAUGGAAAAGCAGAUGAAGAGACCAUAUAUGGAAGAGGAGAAAGAUGUUGACUCAGAUUUUGAAGAUGACACCUAA